AUGGAGCGAACAAGUAGUAUCAGGAGGAGAGCGAUGGCCAGACAACAUAAAGGAGAAGUGAUGAUUGCUGGAGAACAACUCAGGUUGAGACUUCACGAUGGAAAACUGAUCAAGGACCGACGCUACCACCUGCGCACAUAUCCGAACUGCUUUGUGGCACAGGAACUGAUAGACUGGCUUGUGAGCCAUAAGGAAGCUCCAGACCGAGCGACAGCUGUCCGCCUCAUGCAGCACCUCAUGGACCAUGACAUCGUUCACCACGUCUGUGAUAAGAGGUCAGUAUUGAAGGAUGCCAAAUUGCUCUACCGUUUUCGCAAGGAUGAUGGAACAUUUCCCUUCAACACGGAGGUGAAAAUCUUCAUGCGAGGACAACGACUCUAUGAACAACUCAUAGGGGACAAGAACUCCAUUCUGCAGCUAAGAGAGGAGAAUGGUGUUGCAUAUCAGCGCUCCUUCCCUGGAUGCCAGUUAAUUGACUGGCUCCUUCAGAACGGAGAGGCAGAGAGCCGGCGUCGGGGACUGGAGCUGUGCCGUGCAUUGCAGGAGCAUGGCAUCAUUCAGCACGUGGCAAAGAAGCAUGAUUUCUUUGACAGUGGACUCCUCUAUCAGUUCUGCAUCAAUUUUCGCCGCAGACGCCGCCUAUCUGAACUGUUAAAUGAAAACGAGCAAGACGACAAUGAAGGUGUGGCAGUGUCCACGCAGGAGGACAACCACCCUGACAGUCCGUUUGUUCUGCGCAAAAGCCCAGUUCAGGAGGGCAACAGUGUUUUCCAGUCUGUGGGGUCAGAUAAAGAUCUGAAACAGCUUACCAGCGGGCGUCGAGGCAGCUUAAAUUCCCUUCAGCUUCACUCUACUGGAUGUCCACCUUUGGUCCAGCUGUCUUCAACUUCAGCGGUGCGAUGCAAUCCUAAAUCAGUGCUUAGAAGACGUUUUACAUGUGAAGAGUUGCUGGCACCUGGUGCACCUUUCAUCAAGAAAGUGUUGACGGUGAUAGGAGAUGCCCUGGGCUGGGGUUUUGUUGUCAGAGGCAUGGCUCCCUGCUAUGUGCAGGCUGUUGACCCUGAAAGCCCUGCAGCGUCUGCUGGAGUUAAGGUGCGGCAGUUUGUGUGCCAGGUGAACGGACAGUGUGUUCUCUACCUGAACUACAUGAUGGUCUCCAGACUGGUGGUGAUGGGGCCUCGCAUUGUUGUACUGGAAGUUAUGGAACCACUGGAAUGAAACCAACUGUCUAUAAAUCUCUGACACAGAUACAUUUUCUGGAACUUUGUAAAAUGUAGCCUAUUUGUUCUUUAAAUGAUACACGAGUAGGGUUCAAGAAGUCAGUUAAUGAAAUUGGUUACCUGGGUAACAGCAAGAGUACAUUGACUACAAUACAAAAAGCUGC